AUGGCGUUGGUCAUGCACACAUACAAGGGAAACAAAAGUGCUGAUAAGGCACUCAUUGUCGCAGAGUACGUUGGUGUGAAGAUCACUGUGCCCUCUGACUUUGAGAUGGGUGUCACUAACAAAACCCCAGAGUUCCUCAAGAUGAACCCUAUGGGAAAGGUUCCCACACUCGAGACUCCAGAGGGUGCCAUAUUUGAGAGCAACGCUAUUGCUCGUUAUGUGAGCAGAUUGAACGGUGAGAACUCCUUGAACGGAUCCUCCCUCAUCGAAUAUGCACACAUUGAGCAAUGGAGCGAUUUCUCCUCUCUGGAAAUUUACGCUAAUAUCUUGAAGUGGUUCGGCCCAAGAAUGGGAUUUAUGCCAUACACUGCUCCGGGUGAGGAAGCUGCUAUCGCUGCGUUGAAAAGGGCACUUGAUGCUCUGAACACACAUCUCACUUCCAAGACUUACCUUGUUGGAGAGUCUAUUACCCUUGCUGAUAUCAUCACUGUGUGCAAUUUGAACUUGGGAUUUGCCACUGUCAUGACCAAGAGCUUCACCUCCGCAUUCCCUCAUGUUGAGAGGUACUUCUGGACCGUGGUCAACCAACCAAACUUCAAGAAAGUGGUGGGUGAUGUCAAACAGACGGACGCUGUCCCUCCCGUUGCUUCCAAGAAAGCUGCCCAGCCUGCGAAGCCCAAGGAAGAGCCUAAGAAAAAGGAAGCCCCUGCAGCAGAGGCACCUAAGGCUGCUGAAGAGGAAGAGGCACCAAAGCCCAAACCAAAGAACCCUCUUGACUUGCUACCACCAAGCCCAAUGGUUCUCGAUGACUGGAAGAGGCUUUACUCAAACACCAAAACUAACUUCCGUGAGGUUGCUGUUGGAGGUUUCUGGGAGAUGUAUGACCCAGAGGGAUACUCACUGUGGUUCUGUGACUACAAGUACAACGACGAGAACAUGGUUUCGUUCGUGACGCUGAACAAGGUCGGUGGCUUCCUGCAGAGAAUGGACUUGGCACGCAAGUACUCUUUCGGAAAGAUGCUGAUCUGUGGAAAAGAGGGUCCGUUCAAGGUGAAGGGUUUGUGGCUGUUCCGUGGACCGGAGAUUCCGAAGUUCAUCAUGGAUGAGGUUUACGACAUGGAGCUUUACGAGUGGACUAAGGUCGAUAUCUCUGACGAAGCACAGAAGGAGAGAGUUAGCCAGAUGAUUGAAGACGCUGAGCCUUUUGAAGGUGAGGAUCUUUUGGACGCCAAGUGCUUCAAGUGA